GCUUGAGCAUUUCAAGGAAGUACCACACCAUAGCACGCUGUCAUCUCUCAGCAUGUCGUUCCCCUCGUGUCUCUUCUCCCAGCCCCUGACGGCGUCUCUGCUGCGGCGGCGAGGAAUAAGCCGAGCUCUGGGGGCCGGCUUAGCGACAGGGAGCUUAGCCCCGCGCGUAGGACACGCGGACGAGACGGCAUUCGCGCACGCAACAGACGAGAGGGAGAGCAAUCGGGGGGAUGAGCCGACGCGACGAGAUACUGAUCGGCGCGAGUGGAAACGCGAGGAAGAUGACGUGGCUUGGACGGUUGGAGGCGAGUCGGCUCGGGAGAGGAGCGGAGAGAGCAGCAGCGAGAGCAGCGGCGACAGGCGUUCGGCCUCUGCGGCGAGUGGAGAGCAUGGGGAUCGUGUUUCGACGCCGUCGGUUGAUGCUUCGACGAUGGCGGCAGAUGGCGAGGAGAGCAUUGAAGGUCGCUGUAACUCGCGGGGUAACGACGGCGCCGGUUGGCGAAGAGAUGGCGAGGCGGCGAAACGAGCGAAUUCGUUGUCCGUUGCGUUGAGAAAUGCGGGCACUGUUGAGCACCUGGACCUGACUCGCAGUGAGGAUCUGCGCUGCACCAACCUCAUGUGUGAGAAGAUCUUUCAGCCGUGCAUCUGUCGCCUGGGAGUGGCUCUUUCCCGCCUGCCCCGCCUCACCUGCCUCACCCUAGCACACAACAACCUAGAGGCUCUCCCUGAUUCCCUCUCCUCGCUCACCUGCCUUCGGCAUCUCGACCUCUCCCACAACCGCCUCUCCUCUCCGCCCCACCAUCUCACGUCGGCCCUGCCACACCUGCAGUCUCUGCUCCUAUCCGGCAAUCCCUGUGCGCCCUCCACAGCAGCAAAGCAUCCCCCAUGCGAGCGCAGCCAUGAGAAGGCAAGCUUGUCCACUCGAGCGUCUCCUUGAAUCCCCCCUCCAGCGAUCCCUGACCUGACGAGGCCCUGAGUGCGCCACCCACCAAGCCUAGGUCUUGCUGCAGGAUCCAGCCACAAGGAUGCUAUAUAUAGGGAAUACUCGACCGUACCAGGGAUUUUCUCCACGCAAGCAUUGCAGCUGUUAAAGUAAGAACUGAAUGGAUGACUAGAAGUGGAAACCUAGAACAAAUACUAGUUGGUUGUACUCACUAGAAGCAUACCUCAGUCUAGCCUAUAACUUCUACAUAGUUAAUAUGUAUAAGUUGACACACCCCCUAGGCUAGACAAGGGGU